AUGCAGGACGUGGGCCAGCUGAGAAGUUGGGAUUACACUUUGAAGCCUGAAACAAUCCUGUCUUUGAGUACAUGUUUGCUCUGGGAAGUAGGAGUUUGGUGCUGUGGUGUUUUCUGUGGUCACGCACAUGAAGAGGAUGGCAUCCAGCCAAGCAUCACUUCUAUAUCUGUCCUGCAGCUCUUUUUUCAUUUUUUGUACACCUUGGAGACACAUUUUCUGCUAAACCUAUCCCUUUGUCCUGCUGAUCAGCUCAGGGAUUCCCAUGUUUUACCUGUACAGAAUGUAUCGAUACAGGAGCUUCAGGCUCAGCUUGAGCAGGAGACAAGACUUCACCGAGAGGAGCAAGAAAAGUUUACAGAAAGGAUCAUCCAGCUGGAGGAGGAGCAUAUGCAGACCCUGCGCAGAAAAGACUUGGAAGUGCAGAGCUUGACUUUGCAGAACAAGCUGGAAGAGAAGACCUGGAGUCAAGAGAAAAAUCUGCUGCAGCAGGAACUCAGGCAUUUCAAGCAGGACACCUUUCUCCUGUAUGUCAAACUGAAGUGGCUGCUGAAACACUGGCGGCAAGGCAAGCGAAUGGAGGAGGAAGGGGAAGACACAUUAGAGAUUGAGCACCCUGAGUCCCUCCCAGACUUUGGCAUUCAGCCUGAGCAGAAGGCAAACGAUGCAGAGCGAGAGGAGGAGGAAGAGGAUGUUGUGUUUGCACUGGCAGAUUUUCCCAAUCCCACCACGGAGAGCACUGAUCAUGGACCACAGCUGCAGACUGCAGAAUUACUGCAGCAGCAGAAGCAGGCAAGUGAGAACCGUAAACUCCUGAACGCUCUGAAGGGUUUGCUGGAUGACUUCCGCUCGGAGCUGCGGGACGAGGAGCGGGAGCGCCAGGGGCUCCAGCAGCAGUAUGCCCUGCACAAGGCAGCCUGGGAGGUGGAAGUCACUGAGCUCAAGUGUCGCCUCGAACAGCUGGAAGGGAAGAGUGAUAACACCUCCGGAGAAACAGGUCUCAGUUUGGAUGCAAAGGGAGCUUUUAAAAGGGAAAGAGAGGAGCACAAGAAGCUUCUGGCUGACAGUCACAGUGUGGUGAUGGACCUGCGCUGGCAAAUCCAGCACAGUGAGAAGAACUGGAACCGGGAAAAGGUGGAGCUCUUGGACAGGCUCGAUAGAGACCGGCAAGAGUGGGACCGCCAAAAGAAGGAGCUGCUCAGGCGGAUAGAGCAGCUUCAGAAAGAAGCGAGCCCACGGAGAGGAAAUGGUUUGCUGUGCGACCAGAACGAGAGCGGCCAUCGGCCGUUCGCGCCCCAGGGGAAUCUCCGUGUGCCUCGGUCCAUGGGGUCCAGGUCCUACUCUGACUCCGACACCAUCCAGUUUGACGAGCGGGCGCUGUCCAAGCUGAAGGAGAGUGACCGGUGCAGCGCCACGGAAAACCUCUUUCUGGAAUCACUGUCCCUCGACUCCCCCGACGAACCCGAUGAGCAUCGCUCUCGGCAGCUGGAGCGGGAGAAAUUCUUGACUGGACUAACAGAAGAGGAAGAAACACACAAAGGAAAUCUUCAAAGGGCAAUGUCUGUUUCUUCCAUGUCCGAAUUUCAGCGCCUCAUGGAUAUAUCUCCAUUUCUACCAGAAAAAAAUUUGCCUUCAACUGGCAGCAAAGAUGAUAUAACCCCUCCCUUGUCUCCUGAUGAUCUGAAAUACAUUGAGGAGUUCAACAAAAACUGGGAUUACAAUAACACUAGGAGCCAUGGUGGGGCAACUGAGAAGCCUGCAGAGGGCUGGGCAGAAAGGACAGAGAUUGGAAAAGCUGGGAAUGAUCCUUCAGAUCCAUUCCAGGCAUCCUCAUGGUACCUCACCACCAGUGUCACUAUGACCACCAACACCAUGACCAGCCCGGAGCACUGCCAGAAGCAGCCAACGAGGAGUCACAGUGUAACUGACAAAAUGGGAGUUCGGGUGUUUCACAGCCCACCGGUUGUCCGUAGGUUUGAUAACUCAGUGAUAGCUGGCAGUGAAGGGAAAAGCCAGGCUGAGCCAGACUUCCUGUUUUCUGUGACCAAAGCGAUGGGGAACGUCACUGAGACAAAAGGUGCUUCCUCAGACAUGUUUGGAAGGUGGUCUUGCGACCUGGCCAAACAUCAUAAAGAUUUUCUGGAGAAUGGUCUUCAUCCCAUUGAACGUCCUAUUUGCACUACAGUGGGCUUUGCCUCACCCUUGCACAGCUUGGAGAUGUCCAAGAACAUGAGUGAUGACAUGAAGGAGGUGGCUUUCUCUGUGCGGAACGCAAUACGCUCCAACUCCACAGAGCCCCAGUUCAAGGACACAGCGUGCCAAACCAACGGCAUGAGAACGACCGGGACACAGACCACCCAGACCAUCAGCGUCGGCCUGCAGACAGAAACCCUGCGCAGUAUCACCAGCAGUCCACACAAGUGUCUGACACCAAAGGGGGGGUCCACGCCUGUCUCUUCGCCAUCCAGAAGCCUAAGAAGUAGGCAGGUGACCCCCGUCAUUGAAAAGGUCCAGGCUAAGUUUGAACGCACAUGCUGCUCCCCCAAAUACGGCUCUCCAAAGCUGCAAAGAAAAGUCCUUCCCAAAUCAGACCAGCCAAAUAACCGGACUUUGCCCGGCACACCUCAGAAAGGAUUCAGUGAGUCUGCUUGGGCUCGAUCAACUACCACACGGGAGAGUCCUGUCCACACCACUAUCAACGAUGGCCUGUCCAGUUUAUUCAACAUCAUUGACCAUAGCCCCAUCUUUCAUGAGACCUUCCAAAAAUGCCCCAGAUCUGGCAACCGGUCCAGGUCAGCAGAACCCAGACCAGAGCUGGGCACGUUGCAGGAGCCAUGUACAAAUGCCCGUGGCAGAUCACCCAGUCCUCUCCGGCUGGGGACAGAGACACAAAAGGAAGAAGGAGCUGAGGUGACAAGUAUUAGGCAGGACUUAUCUGCUCCUCCAGGGUACACACUCGCAGAAAAUGCUGCCAGGAUCUUGAAUAAGAAACUUUUGGAGCAUGCCUUAAAGGAAGAGAGAAGGCUAUCUUCACACAGCCCACCAAAUCUUAGCAAUGACAACAGCACAGGAGAAAUUGUCAAAGUAGAUCCAGGGUCCAUAGAGGAACUGCCUUGUUCUGCACUAGCCCCGUCCCUCCAACCCUGCUUCUCCCGGCCAGAGAGACCAGCGAAGCGGCGCCCACCGUCACGAUGGGCCUCACAUUCCCCUACUGCCUCACAGUCACAGUCCACCGGAGACCUGACGUCCUCAGAGGAGCGAGGAAGCAAGGAGGUGCUGGCAGAGACCCCCAGCCAGGGAGGCGAGCCGGCCUGACCCUGCACGGGAGCAGGGCGGGCCACCACUCGCCUCCGCCAGGUCGCCCGCCAGCCGUCUCUGCCACCAAGGAGAGAGGUCCGCUUGGAGAGGUCAAAGAAUGUUCUCAGACACAGCUGCUGAAUGUCCGACCUGCGAAACAGAGGUGUUUCUAGAAUGAAACAGUUAAUGUGCCUGUAAUAACUUAAUUUUUUUCAUAGCUGAGAAAACUAUUUUUGUCUCCAUCUUUUCUACAUACAGUAUAUUAACAAAAACGAACAAAAAAAUAAAAGGGUUAAAAUGAUAUAAAGUAAGAUUUAAAGUAAAAUGUAAAUUAAGUUUUAAGGGAAUUUGAAUACGUGCUCGCGCUCUCUCCAAAUACUGACUGCCUUUUGGUUAUAUUUGCACUGUUACGUUUUCAGUUUUGGUUUUGGGUAUUUUGGGUUGUGUUUUUUUUUAAAUUUCAUGUAAAACUAGGGUCUUAAGUUAAUUUUAUUCUAUUUUAAUGUCAGUGUUAUCGGUUUUUAAAGGUAAGGUUCUUAAAGAUGCUUCAACUGUCUGAAGCGAUACCUUUUAAGUAGUGAAGAAAGCCAUUAAGCUCGUUCACUAGACUUGUAAUUAAUUGAGAUGGAGGGGAAUACAGGUAAACACAAGUAAAUGUGUAAAAAAAAAAAAAAAGAAAAGAAUGCCUCAGAAAGUCUUACAGAGUUAGCUGUAAAAUACACCUACAAUACUUGACUUGCAUGCCUCUGGGUCCUCGCACUUUAGUGCAUGUACAUACUGCUACUGUACCAUCACAUAAAUGUGAGUCAAUCUGUUUCACUGUAAUAUUGUUGUGAAUUUACCUGUACUGUACUUUUAUUGUUGGUAUUCUUGCAUUGACUAUACAAAAAAAGAGUUUUUAAAUUAUUGUUAGCAGUUCAACUGGCUAUGUACAGCGUUUACUGAGAACUUCCUUCGUUUUGGAAAAACCAUGGAAAUCUCUGGGCAUACUAAAUUGUAACUGGUCUUGUUUAAGAGUCUGUUGGAGACCAUGUGAAGUGGAAAUAAAACCCUCAGUAUUUACAA